AACUACGUGCAGAUAAGAGCACUCUGUUAAUUGAAGAACUUGAAUUAAGGAGAUGGCUUCUAGACGAAGUAGAAUUAAAGGAAUUGCAAAUAUUCCUCAACGACGGAAAGCUACUAAUGAAGAAAAUAAGUUAAAAUUGACAGAAAGUGAGGCAGGUGAAAAUGAAAAAAUAUCCGAAAAUAAAGCUGUGACACUCGAAAAUAGUACUAGUGGCAAUUCAAUUAAUAAUGAUGCAACCGAAAUUAAUCUUCCGAAACCCGAAACACUAACGCAAAUUGUUAACGAAACGUUUAAUAAUGGAGUAACGAAUAUCGAAAAUGAAGCGCAACAGAAUUCAAAGGACUGUGAUAAAAACCUAACCCCAGCAAAUGAACCUCCUAAACCAACAAAUAUACUCAAAAGAAAGUUUAUUAGAGCACCAGUUUCAUUAAAUGCAAUUAAAAACCGGAAGAAACCUUCACAAGAAAGCUUAGAGAAAGAAAUAGAUAGCCAAGUAAAUGAAACUGUAGAAACAACUAAAAAAGUAUUAGAUAACUUUGAACAAGGUUCUAAUAAUUUGACUUGUACAUUAAUUAAAGAUGUUGAUAAAGAUAAAAAUGAUGAAGUAUCAGCAACUUAUGAUAUACAAAAUCAGUUACCCAAAGAAGACAAUAUUGGAAAUUUAUUUCAAAAACCUGUACCUUUAUUUAGCAAUAUUCAACAUUCUGAUACAGAAUAUCCUCUACCUCCACCAAGUCCUAAUAAGGCAAAUAGAUCUAGAAUUAAAGCCAUACCUAGAUUAGCACAACGUAAACAUAGCUUUAGUGCCAGUGAGUCUGAGGAUGAAAGUCGAAAAAUAAAUAGGAUAAGAAAUGAUUCAGUUUGCUCAACGACUUCUAUGGUGGCAGAACCCAUCACAGAAUGUUUUUCUCCUCAGCGAACUAGAGAUCCAGUGUUCACUUCACAAGUCAAAAAAGUUAUCGCCCGUUCUGAACAAACCCGUAAACUUGCCGAAGAUCGUAUCGAUUUUUACAGAAGAUUUGGUGCGAAAAAACCUGAGAGACAUAGACUGAAAAUGGCAGAUCUUAUAUUUUAUAAUCCCGAUUCAAAUCCUAUGACGAACGAAGAAAACAUAAAAAAUAAUGAAGAACCAAUGGAGGAGAUGGCAGACGAUCCUAAUGGCGAAACUGUUGAUGACCCCGUAAAGAAGGAUAGCACUACUAAAAGUGAUGAAGAAAAUGAGAUGCCAGUACCGCAAAUUAAAAUAGGACCUUCUGGAGAAAUUAUAUUGGAUGAACAAAGUUUGGUUGUCGAAAGGAAGGAAGUACAAAGGCAAAGGGAGGAGAUGGAAAAAACCAAAAUCAUUGACGCGGACCGAAUGAAAACUGGAUAUGGUAUCUAUAAAAAACAUAAACGUACAAAAGCGUGGACUCAUGAGGAAACAAUAAUGUUCUACACAGUUCUAAACACUGUAGGUACAGACUUUAUGGCAGUAACGGAAUUUUUCCCGAACAGAAGUCGGCGAGAUGUAAAAGCUAAGUUCAAAAAGGAGGAGAAAAUCAACAGACAUUUAAUAGAUAAAGCUUUGGGAGAACCCUACAGGUUUGAUCUUGAUGAUUUGAAACACGACAUAGCUGCAAAAAUACGAGAGCAAGAGGAACUAAAAAAGCAAAGAGAGUUGGAGACCAAGCGAAAAGAAGAACGACAAAAGGAACUAAUUGAAGAAAAGAAAAGAGAAAUCGAAAUGAGAAAACUGAAGAUCCCAAAACCGUCCAAUAAUAAAAAUCAAGCAGAUGAUGUAAAAAACGUAAAAGAAGAGAUAAAAACAUUUGCAAAAGAAACCAAAGAAAUCGAGAAAAUAGCAAUUCGGAAAAAAGAAGCAACACAGGACAUAGAAGGACCAAAAGUUACAGUUAAAAAAGAAAGUCAUCACAAACCAAAACCAAAGAAACCCAGGAAAGAGAAGCUUAGUAUAAAAAUGUACAUGUCAGACAGUGACGCCGAUGAAUCAGAUUUAGCAACCCAAAGCGAAUCAGAUGAUGAUGUUAUACUAUCUCACAAACCUACUAGAUCUGGAAGAAUACCAAAAUUAACUCAAAGGUACGAAGAUGAAGUUAGCCUUAAUUCUCUAAUAAAGGAAAAGGAAAAUAGUAGGAUACCCAACUGUGCUGAACUCAAAAAUGUAGAACCAGGCUCAGUGAUGAUAAUAACUGAAGAUGGUCCUAAUGGUGAACCGAUCUACAAAAUAUUCAUGGUAACCCCUGAACAACAAGCUACUCCAUUGAAUAUUCCAUCGGAUGAUGUUGCCAAAGUCAUUCAAUUGAGGAAAGGAUAUACUGCUCAUAACAUUAUGACAAUAUCUGCUAAUGCCACUACGGAUGAGGAAGAUGAAAACUCCGUUGAAAAUAACUUUACCAUACCUGAAGAUAAAAAUGUUACUACACUUAAAAGUUGUGACGAGAAUAGUGUAGAUAUGAUUUCGGAACAAAAUAUAACUAUACCUGCAGAUGAUAAUGUGACAAAUCUCAGGAGUAGAAUAGACAAUGAUACUGUUGAAAAUGUGAUUCCGGAACAAAAUAUAGCUAUACCUGCAGAUGCCAAUGUGACAAAUCUCAGGAGUAGAAUAGACAAUGAUACUGUUGAAAAUGUGAUUCCGGAACAAAAUAUAACUAUACCUGCAGAUGUCAGUGUGACAAAUCUCAGGAGUAGAGUGGACAAUGAUACUGUCGAAAAUGACUUAAAAUAUGAAGUCUCCAGUCCUACAAGGAUAUUGCAUGAUGAUGACCUUCAAACAAGCAUUGGAUAUGGAAGCAUAAAUGCAUCUUCCGAAAAUAUCAAAAUUAUAGCAACAGAGCCAAUAAUUUUGGAUAAUCCAACGCCAUCUACAGUACCUGAUUCUGUUUGCUUUAUAGGGAACGAAAGAAGUGAAAACUUACAUGAGAGUAAUACUCAAAUAUGUAUAGCUAACACUGAUGAACAUACCAAAAACUUUAAAGUUUUAGCAACAGAGUCGUCCGUGUUGGAUGAUUCCGGCAUCCAAGACAGUUUUAUCGUUUUAGAUACACAACAAAAUGACUUGCCGAUAAAUACUGAGAUAGUUUUUAGAGUAAAUAAUGAUGGUAUGUGUUCAAAAGAGCUUGGUGAAGAUGCCGAUCAGAAUCUUCACCAAGUUCUUGUGAACACUGUUGAAAUGUCCGCUGAAUAGUUAGAAAAGGUUGUAAAAAACAUAUAGUGUUGGUAAUUUCAUUAAUUAUUGUACGUAUUUAUUUUUACUAAGACUUUUAUAUAAUGAUAUGUAUACAAAAGACAGAAACAUAAAUUUAU